CAUAAUUUCAAAAUGAUCACUCAGAGAAGUGGAGUGGGAGUGCUCAAGUGACGAUAUCAAGUGAUUAAAAUAGGAAAUGCACACAGUUUAAGUGCCAAAGUGAAAAUCAAGUGUUUAAUGAGUGGGAAAAAAUCAGGCUUCAUGUUAGAAUCAGAGAAGAAGAAGAAAAUCAGUCUAGUAUCCCUGCUACCCCCAAAGAAGUAUAAGCUGAGUUCAGUACGUGGACCACCGGACACUAAUCCUACACCUAAACGAUGGAGUCAGGUUCUAGCCCUCCUUCCUGUUUAUCUGCUACAGAUCUGUUAUGGAAUGAACAGUGGUUUCCCAGCUAUACUUACUCCUCAACUACGUGAGGACUGUUCCGAGUUUAAUAUAACAGUUGAUCAGGAAUCAUGGAUAGUAAGUUUGGACAAUAUCCUGACACCCAUAAUUUGUGUUCUGUCAGGACCUAUACAACAACGCUGGGGACCAAGGAGUUGUUUGGUUCUCUGCUGCUUUCCUUACUUUAUCUCGUGGUUGCUUGCCGCGCUUGCCGCUAACCAUUAUAUUCUUUACGCUUCCAGAGUUCUGGUGGGAGUGAGUCAUGCACUUAUUUGUACAACAGUUUAUACAAUAGAGGUUUCCAGUGUUGAGAUGAGAGGCACAUACUCAGUUCUUGAAAGUGUACUUAGAUGUACUGGAUGUGUACUAGUGUAUGCUCUGGGUCUAUUCUACAGAUGGAAGACGAUUGCUUACAUUGGUCUAGUGAUACCAGUUCUAGCUCUAAUAAGUUGUAUUCUAUCUCCUGAAUCUCCAAUCUAUCUUGUAUCAAAGCAGCAACAUAAAAAGGCUGAGUUAAGCUUAAAACGCCUGUAUGGAUCUGAAUUUAAAAGUCGCCAAGAAGUAUUACUGCUCAGUGAGAGUUUAAAUAAAAUCCAGAGGAAGAGGAGAAGCAAAUGUGAAUAUUUACAAAAUAUCAGAAAGCAUCCAGAUGUGUACAGACCCUUUCUCAUCCUAAUAAUACUCAGUGUUGUUCAACAAUUUAGUGGUGUAACUGUUAUAAGGGCAUAUGUUGUUAAAAUAUUCCACGAAGUUUUCAGAGCGAAUAAUACCGAGAAUAUCGGAAAUAUGACAAUAAACUGCGAGGAUAUAAAUGUAGAAGGUGGUCCUAACAAAACAUCAGGAUUAGCAUACAUGUCAGCUAUAACUAUAGGUUUAUUUCGUUUAGCAGCUUCUCUGACACUAGCCCGCCUUCUUCUACAGUUCAGGAGGAGGAACAUGUACCUCCUCUCCCUUACACUCAGUAUUCUCUGUCUUCUCACAUUCUCAUUAUUCUCCUUCCUAGCUCAGGAUUCAUUCAAUCCUAUAUUCAGGUAA